CUGCCUUUGAUGUGACGAGGGUCGUCGCUGGCUUGACGUCACUUCCGGGUCGCGGCUCCGUUGGAAAUGGACGACAGUCUUCAUCUGGCAGACGGUGGAUUGACUAAAAAUGUGGCCAGGUCAGGCAGAAGAGCUCGUCAGGCGGCUGAGAUGAUGAGCGCUGAAGACUCUCGUCAGAGGAGAUCCUCUUCAUCAGUCAGUAACGCAGCAGAGAGACCUCCACCGAAGCCGGCCCGUCGUCAGGGAGGAUGGGCGGAGGAGAGCACAGGAACCGGAUCUGCCAAGUCCAGACGACAGUCGGCCGCUGAAGAGCUGGAGGACCGGCGGCUGAGGCCACAAACCCCCGAGGGCUCUGACAAUGAAAGUGACAUCCCAGUGAUUCCAGACCUGGAGGAGGUUCAAGAGGAAGACCUCAGCAUGCAGAUCGCUGCUCCACCCAGUAUCCAGGUGAACAGAGUUAUGACCUACAGAGACCUGGAUAAUGACCUCAUGAAGUACUCGGCUUUCCAGACUCUGGAUGGAGAGAUUGACCUGAAGCUGCUCACGAAGGUUUUAGCCCCGGAGCAGGAGGUGAGAGAGGAGGACGCGGGCUGGGAUUGGGAUCAUCUGUUCACCGAGGUCUCCUCUGAACUCCAGACAGAAUGGGAUCAAGGAGAGCGAGAAGAUCAGUCUCCACUUCCUGUGGCCUGAGGAUGGAUUUACACGUCAUGUGUUUAGAUGGGAAAAUAUUGUUCAUGUUGAAUGUGUUUCAUCAGAGAUAUGUGUUUGAAACCUUUACAUCUCAUGAAUUCAUUCAUAAGCAUUAGUUCAAACUGAAAUGUUUCAUUAUUAUUAUUUUUUUUAUGAUAAUCAGUAUGUAUUUUGUAUACUAUGUAUUUGUUUUUACCGUUUUUCUCAAUCGAUUUGAUACUUGUCUCCAAUGGACUUGUUCUCAAAACAUUUAACACAGCCUUAACCAAACAGUUCAGCUUUACUGCAAAAUGAAGCACGGCAAUUUUUCCUAAUAAUGCAAUUAUUAAAAUGAAAUAUUAAUAUCAAAUCUAUAGAUGUGUUCCCUAUUUAUUAUAAAACACAUUACACAUUUAGCUGUAGAUGCACAAAUAUUCUAAUGAAAAUAAAUGUUUAUUGCAAUACUUCAACAGGAAGUUUUGUUUUACAUAUAUAGUGUACUGUAUAUCUAAACUAAAUGAAACACCUGUUAUCACCUUUGAGAAAAAAAAAAAAAACUUCAGAUCUGUUUGUGCAGCAAGAACUGCCAACUAAGUUUCCUGAAAACUACAGAUCAGUCUUUUACAGUCAUUUGUAUGAAAUGAAUGAAAACGUUCAGUCUGUUUAGGAAAAUUAUUAAGUUUUCAGAUCACUGUUAACUGUUUUGAGUUUGGAGACGUGUGAAAUCCAUGGAGAAAAACUGUAAAUGGUUAAAAGGUUAAAUGAGGAUUUGACCAGCAGACUGAAAAUAAAAACAGUAGAAAUAG